AUAUUAGAGGCUUAACCCACCAAACCAAACGCAGCUUUAGCUUUAAUUUCUCCGCAUUCCCGUAGCUAAUUCUUCGCCGACAGAUCCUGCGACCAAUUGACAGACAGAAUCGAAGAUUCGAAGGUCUCCUUCAGUUCAGAGAUUUCAGUCCAACGUUGGACCGCUGUGAUCAUCCUUUUCUCUCUCCUCUCUUUCUGUCUCUAGAGAUCUCUAAUUAAUGUAGAAGUUGGAGCUGCAUUAUGGGUUCUGUUUGUUGUUGUUUUCGUGUUUCGGAUGUUGAAGAAAUUGGAAAUUCAAACAGUAUCAAUAAUGGAAAUCACAUUACUCCAAAUUCCUUCUUUCAGAGCUUAAUGAACAAGUAUGGAGAACUACUUGGCAGACGGGAAACUCAUACUGUUACUACAUCUAUUCAAGAGGCAGCUUCUUCAAAUUCUACCGUGCCAUCCAACAAUACACAAUCUGACACUAAUAGGUCUCGUGGUAGACAUUUGCCAAAUAAUGUGAAUGCCCAAAAUUCCCAAUUGCAACGGGUUGGGCUGGUCCCGAGACAUGGAAAACACACAGGUCAUUCCCACUCAGAGGCAGAACCAAUUAGAAGAAGCAAUGUUCAAAUAAAACCAAAAACGUUAAGUGGAGGAGACAAACCGAGUGGUUUUUAUAAUGAACAUGAAUCAAAAGAAUGCCAUUCUGAGUCCUCUACUACGAAGGUGUUGUCAGCGAAUGAGGAAGGCGGAUUUGGGCAUGCCUAUGCUUCAUCAGAGGACGAGGAUGUCUGUCCUACAUGUCUUGAAGAAUAUACUCCAGAAAAUCCGAAGAUAAAUACACAAUGUUCUCACCAUUUUCACCUUGGUUGUAUCUACGAGUGGAUGGAGAGAAGCGAACUCUGUCCAGUUUGUGCAAAGUUGAUGGUGUUUGCUGAAACAACUUGAUCUCAAGCUGCCAUUUGCACGAGUAAAGACUGAAAACCGGACACACAAAAGGAAAAGAAACAAUGAGAUUGUGAAUAACCCAUAUUGAGGUCAGAUUGGAUGUGGAAGAGGUUUUGGAUUAACAAAAGGUAGGUAAAUGUUUUUGGUGGACUACUCUGUCAUGUCAGAUCCUUUUGAGGAUAAUUUUAUUUGUUUUGCUACAUUUUUUGAUUCAUGUAAAAAGGAUAUUGAAUUGGCCGAACAAAUUCCUAACAGUUAAAUGGAGAAUGAUUUCUGCUU